AGAUAGACCGACAUAAAUAGACAGUUCACGAAUAUCAUGUGAAUAUUUACAUUUAUACAGUCUGUCAACACUCACUGAAUGCAACACUCAGGCUUACACUUUUUGGUGACCGAAACCAAUUGGCCUGUUCGGACGCUGUUCGGCGCUCGUGUACCAUUUCCCGACCAGAGCAUGGGUCUCUCUGUCCGUGUUAAGCGCACCGCAGACAAGGCGCGCUGCCACGAGCAACGGGAUCAGCGGAGACAGGACUUGCGCCUCUACAAGCGCCGGUCUCUUUCACACUCUCCUCCGCUCUUCCGUUACUAGAGAAGAAGGAUGAGCGAGACAGAGCAGCGCGUUGACAUGCGUCCAAUCCGGCUUUAGUCAAAUCCCUCAACCUUGGGCAAGCUAAACCAUUGUUGUAAUCGGCUUCCCUGCGCACGGGGACGGAAGGAACUCAUCCCGUCAUCCCUCCUUUCCUUCUCUGUUCAGUCUUCCCCACCUCACCUAGACUAUCCGUCACCGAACUGGACCGGACCGGAGUGUAGCGCUGGUCUCGCGCUGUGAUUUUAUAGCGGUUCAUUAAGGCUCGAGCGCUGUGAGUGUGUAAAAAGGUAUUGUAAUUGUAGAAGAUUUUCUUAAAAGGACAUGAGACGACCGGAUCUUAAUGUGUAGAGAGCCGUGCAGGGAUAGCCCCUCAACGGAUGACCAUGAGCACUAACGGUCAGGUCCAGCCUCGCUCCGGUGGGGGGUCUGGGGGUAUUGGUGGGGAGGCCAGGGGGCGUGUUUCCAUCAUGUGCCUGCGCUGCAGGGAGGUGUGCAGGGGAGAGGUGGUGCGUGUGCAGAACGUCCACUUCCACAAGCGCUGCUUCACCUGCCAAGUGUGUGGGUGUGACCUGGCAUGUUCCGGGUUCUUCCAGAAGGGGGGAGAGUACAUCUGUACUGAGGACUACCAGCGUCUCUACGGCACCAGGUGUGACAGCUGCUGCAGCUACAUCACUGGGGAGGUGGUGUCUGCUCUGGGACGCACCUACCAUCCUCGCUGCUUCAUCUGUAGCCUCUGCAGGAAGCCCUUCCCUAUAGGGGACAAAGUGACCUUCUGUGGUAAGAAGUGUGUGUGUCAGCAGUGCUCCCUGUCUCUGGUCAGCAAGCAGCCUGUGAAGGUCCACGGACCCAGCCACUGUGCAGGCUGUCAGGAGGAGAUCAGACAGGGCCAGUCUCUUCUAGCUCUGGAGAGACAGUGGCACGUCAGCUGCUUCAAGUGUCACACCUGUGGCUCUGUGUUGACAGGAGAGUACAUCAGCAAGGACGGGGUUCCGUACUGUGAGGCUGACUACCAUGCCCAGUAUGGCAUCAGGUGUGAGACCUGUAGCAGGUAUAUCAGCGGCAGAGUACUGGAGGCAGGAGGGAAGCACUACCACCCUGCCUGUGCCCGCUGUGCUCGCUGUAACAUGAUGUUCAUGGAGGGUGAAGAGAUGUACCUCACUGGUGCGGAGGUGUGGCACCCCAUGUGUAAACAAGCAGCCAGGAUGGAGAGGAAACUGAGGCUCAGACGUACCUCCGAGAACUCUCUCUCUCCCCCUGGCUCCAGCCUUGGCUCUCCUAACCGCAUCAUCUGUUCUAAAGUGGAGAAGGAGGUGUUAGAUUAUAAGCAGUUGGCAGCGCUGCCCAAGGUGAAGUCCAUCUAUGAGGUCCAGAGACCAGAUGUGAUCCCCUACGAGUCCUCCUUCCCCAGCUACUGCUCCGACGACAGACUGGAGGCCUUAAGCUGUGGAGAGUCUCUGGGAACCCUCUCUCCAUACUCUCAGGAGCUGUUUGACAGUGUGUGUCUCGGUCAGAGGCGUUCGUCGAGCCCCUUAACAGACUCUCCCACCUACAGGAGUCUGGGGGGGUCCCCAGUCCUGCCGCGCUCCCCUCAGCUCUGCUACCGCCCUGGCUCUGAGAGUGGCAGGAGCUCACCCUAUCACAGUCAGCUUGAGUCCAGGUCAAUCACGCCCACUACCUAUCAAGCACCCCAGCAUUUCCAUCUGCCAGCCAUAGAAGAAACCAACAUGUACAGGAAACCUCCCAUAUACAAGAGACAAGGUGAACCUGCCUCCCCCUCAGCCACCAAGACGAAGACCAACGAAGACCUUGUUGUCUCCUCCUCCUCCCCAUACUCCUCCUCUCCCUUCCAAGAGCACUACCAGCACACCAACUCCAACUACUACCCCUACACAGGCUCCCCCAAAGCUCCCAGGGCAAGGAGGUUUUCUUCUGGAGGAGAAGACGAUGGAUGGAAUCAGAACCUAAACAGACUGCAGGGAGGUAUUGCCAGAAUGAUCCUAAAGGAGGAGAUGAAGGCGAGGUCUGGUUGCUAUGACAACGACCCCUGGGGUAGUGGGGUGAACUCUCAGCGCGCCAGCAAAGAGGCCCUCCACAACCAGGGACACAGCAACGCUGUCAACGGCUCUCCCAGAUCUCACUACAGUGUAGACAACGACUCCUAUGUCUCGAAGUCAGCCUCGUUGCCAGGAUAUGGCAGGAAUGCCCUACACAGGCCCCAAAGUACAGAUUAUUUCCAAUAUGACAGCAGCAACGCUGUGAACUGGGAGAUCAGAGAGUACAAGAUCUACCCGUAUGAAGCUCUGGUGGUCACCAUCAGGGGGCGCAAUCAGCUCCCUAAAGACGUGGACCGUGCCAGGCUGGAGCGCCACCUCUCUCCAGAGGAGUUCCACCGUGUUUUCCGGAUGACCAUGUCCGACUUUGAGCGCCUAGCGCAGUGGAAGAGGAACGAGCUAAAGAAGCAGGUUCGCCUCUUCUGAGGCUUUGCCCUCGGCUAGCCAGGCCUGGCAUGACACCACACACAGACCCUGGUCUGUUCCUGCCACACUCUAUUAUCCUGUAAUAACUCUUUUAUCAACUCCUUUACUGCUGUGUAUCCAAGUUGUUCAACUGGGACUUUUCAGACACUCAUGCAGUGUGUGUGUGUGUGUGUGUGUGUGUGUGUGUGUGUGUGGUUCCACUCCUAGCAGAGGCCUGAUAUAUGUGUCUGUGUGUUUGUGUGUAUGUGUGGUUUCACUCCAAGCCUUCUACAAGGGAGCCAUAAUGCUGCAAUGAAGCCCUUGUGGUUUAAAUCAGAGUGGGUGGGUAGAUCAUAAGAUGUUUUGACAACAAAUUAUUUAUUAUUUGAACGUGUGUGUGUGUGUGUUUCUCUUUGGACCAAAGUAAUAUAACUAUUGUUUGGAAUAAGUGUGUUUUCUUUAUUUCUUAACCUGUUACAAACUUAUUUGCUAAAGCAGAGCCCAAUAUAUAUCACAUAUUAAGAUAUAUUUAUGCAAAAGGAUGUUGUCCUUGGUCAGGAUGGAGCCCAGCAAUAGCAUUCUGAAGCAAACAGCAACACACACUGUAUAUAAACAUGAAGACCCAUUCUGGCUCUGUGUGUAAGAGGGGAUAUCAAUGCCAUCAAUAUUUUAUCACAGAGACCAGAUAAAAUGAACAGACAGAAACGAAACGGGAUAAAUAUAUUGUUGAUAGAGAAAAUAGUGUGACAGAGGCUCCUGGUUCCUCUAUGUCCUAUUCAAGCGUGUAUAGAAUGUGUUGGUUUACAGUAGAUGUAUAGUAUGUUCAGAAAGUUGGUUUAGGCACUCAUUUAUAAACACUACUAGUUCAAAAGCACUACAGUCUGUGGAGGGGUCACAUCAAGAUAUGAGUGCAGACUCACUACAUCCUCUCUACCGCCAUUGGCCGGAUUAACUAAACAAACAGCAGCUCAAACAAGAAUCACUUGUUGAACAGGAGAGUUUUAGUCCAGGUGUUCCGUCUCUAAACAUCAACAUUGACCUGUGUCACCAGAGAUACCUAGGGGACUGGGCUCUCUGCUCUGUUUUAGUUGUCAAGGCAACAGAACAAGGACUAUUAUCAGUUGGAUUGCCCCAUGAGGAUUAGUUUGAUGUGUGUGUGUGUGUGUGUUUUAGUCUAUGCACUGCCUUGACCAGAUAGACAGGCUUUUGUACCAGUUAUACUGACCAUCUCUGAGCUCCUCUCUCAGACAACAGUGUCCUAGAUAAAAGCCAUUGUAACAGAAGAACACACUGAUAAAAGUUAACUAUAGAACACCUGGUUCAGAAAGAACCUGUUGAGGUUCCAAAAAGCACCUCCCGGAACUGAUUUUGCGGUGAACUGUCCUUCUAAACGAAAGGGUUCUACACUGAAUCUUUCUUUCGAUUGUUACAGUGGGUUCUGCAUAGAGUUUAGAUUCCAGAGAUCACCUUACUGCCAUCUCUGAAAUGUGUGUUAGGCCUACUACUAUUUCCUGCUUCACAAUGCUACUCUUAUUGCUACUGUCAGGGUGUUGCACAGUCUCACCCACUCGUAUAUCAUGUAACGGUGGGGUUUUGGGUCUUUGUUAAAAGCUUUUUGGGGAUAAUUGAAAAGUUUGUUUUCCAUUGCUUUUUAAACUAUAAAGGAAUCAACAUAAAGGUCAGACUGUGAGAAUUCAAUAAUCACUGAAAAUCUUUUCAGUAAUAAACGCACACAGGUCACC